GGACAUUUGUGCUCAGUGCUGAGAAAACAAGAAGAAUCAUAUCAAGCGUGAUGUAUUGGCAAGUACCCGCAUUGUGUUUCCUCCUGAUUCGAAUGUGUCAUGGAGGAACAGUUGAGCCAAAAUCUUCUCCUCAUGUGGGCCAAAGAGGACGGCUUCAAUUCAGCAAUGUUUUGUCUCGUGAGGGACCGGCACGGCACGGCUCGCUCACUUUCACUCUGGACAAUACGAAUAAAUCAAAAACCAAUCCUGCGUUUAACAGCUUUUUGAAUGCCAAACUCAAGCGCAUGGAUCACUCUGUGCAAUGUGGUGACGACGCCAUGACGCUGAGGGUCAAACGGGUCAGAGCGCCUCAUUUUCUAGUGGAUAGCGGUGAGGGAACUCUCAUCCCAGUCUCUAAAAUGCCCUCCACGUGUGGCUUUUCUGUGAGGAGGUCCCGCAGAGACGUACUUUUGGACGCUCCUUACCAGGGAUGUUAUGUUACCCGACGGGGCGGUGACUAUGUACUGCCACUUCGUCUAUGGGGGACACCGAUGACCAUUUCGUGCCCUGCCAUGUCUAUACCACCCUCAGUUUCCUGUUUCCCUACUGGGAUGACGGUCAAGAUCGGAGGCAUUACAGAAAAAGAUGUCAAAGUGAAAGUGUCGGACACAUGGAGGUCCCUGUCGUCCAUGUGCAGCAGUUGUGGACUUUCCGUAGAAGCAUUCUCUGGAGGACUUUCCUUCACUGCCCCCUAUCACAAAGGCUUGUGCAUAGAGACAAAGGAUGAUGUGCAUACUCUGUCAGUACUUCUGGCUGAUGUUGAGCUGUUGGUCACAUGCCCUUCCUUACCAGAGAACAAUCCAACGCCUGAGACAACCACACCCCUUAGUCAUUACCCCCAGUUUGUGUCCCACCCUGGGGCGUCCUUGCACGCAUUUGCGCAGAUGUUGAAACCUCCUCAGUUACAUGCGGCACCACGUUCCGGAAUGAACUCUCAACACCAAGGAAUGCCGCCGUUUAUGCACGAGAUGUUGCCGCACUACUUCUGGUUUCCUAGGCAUGCAACACAAGCUCCACUUCAAAACCCUGGAGCUCACCCAGCCCUAUUGCACCCACAUUAUGGCUUUCCUUAUGUCUCGCAAUUCCACAUGGCACCGUGGCUCUCCCAACCAGCAACCUCUCCUUUGACCACUACUAUGACUAGUACUACUACGGAGGCUACGCUAACCACAGAAGCCCCCACUCAGAAAGUACUUCCAAAACAGCUGUGGCUGCCAUCUGGCCAAAUUCAAACGGUUCCUGGUCUUGCAAACACCCACCCUGAGCUGACUGCACCGCAGGCUUACCAGAUCCCAGUUCUGUACCCCCCAGGGAAAUAUUUCCCUGGCCAACAUAAGCCCUUUUACUACCCGCCGCCUUAUCUGCCACUCUACUACCCGCAUCCUCAGAAGAUGCAUGGAUUUGCAAAUCCUCCAGCCGACCAUCCUUCAUAGGCUAAUAGCUUUAGCAACACGCUAAUGCAAACCCCUUCUCUUCGAUCACGCAGGAGCUGGUGGCGAGUGACGCUUCCCAGUAAGGUCACAGCCAGACAGGUUUUUUUUUUUUCCCCCCCGUUGUAUUUAACAAAAUGAACUCUUGGAAAGCCUGGGAAAUAAAAAGUGAUUCAUGAUUCCAGUUGUC